AUGGCUAGCCACUGGAAAAUCCCUCACUUGCCUGACGAUAUUGUUGAAUCCAUCCUCUUAGAGCUACCGGUAAAAUCUCUUUUACGGUUCAAAAGUAGUUGCAAAUCAUGGUGUUGUUCCAUCAAUGACCCCGACUUCAUCAAGUCACAUCUACAUAAAUCUUCUACUGAUAUUAGUCGUCAAAAAGUUCUGUUUGUUACUUUUGAAAAAUUUUCUCCCUUUACGAUCUUGUCUAAUGAUAAAAUUGGAUCAGCAGAAGCAUCACUUACUGUUGAUUCCAAGGUUAUGUUGCUUGAUCCGCCUAUCCAGGGAUUCCUCAAUGAUGUUUCUGCCAAUUUAAAAGUGUCUUCGUGCAACGGUUUGGUCUUUAUUAAAAAUGAUACUAGUAUGAUGUUAUGGAAUCCUGCUAUUCAAAAAUACAAGCUGAUCCCCAGUUAUAAUAUGCCGUUACUUUUCUGGACAUACUCGCUAUUUGGUAUUGCCUAUGAUUCUUUGGCGGAGGAUUACAAGAUUGGCCGAAGGUCAAGGGAAGAACACACUGCCUUGAUCUGUGUUGCAUCUGCUUCAGUAGAUUGGAAGCAGAUUGGCUGCAGGUCAAGGGCAGAACACACUGCCUUGAUCCGUGUUGCAUAUGCUUCAGCAGAGUGGCAGCAGAUUGACCACAGAUCAGGGUAA